AUGACUCGAACUGGUGGUGAAAUUUCUAAUACUUUCUCACCAGAAGUACCAAGUGCUUUAUAUACGCUUAGCAAGAACGUGCUAGGCAGGAAUGUUACUGAUACCAUAGCUCCAUUUGUUAGGGAUGCACUUCCAGCAGUGAUUAAUCAUGAUGUGGAAAAUGCGGAAAGUGUUAUAAAAAAUAAAGAAGAAAGUAUUAACAAUAAAAUUGAUAAAGCCGAUAGGAAAGAUAACAACGAAUCUAAUGACCCUAGAGCAUGCACGACACCUGAAGAUACAGAAGGAUUUUGCGACGACUUGAGUAGUUGUCCUCAAUUGUUGCUCAAUUUAGGAAACCUAAGGCAGUCAUUGUGCUUCAAGAGUCUUUUUGAACCCGGCGUUUGUUGUCCGAAAACGACAGUUUUAACGCCAGUGUCGUCUCCUAGUUCGAUUGCCAUCGCAAACCCUGUACCGACAACACCAACAACCACAACGACCACAACUCGCCCCACUCACUCAGCGCCAGUCACGUUCGCUGCUAUUUAUUACAACACGGAAAAACCCCAAAGGCAACAGUUGACUCCUGUUGCAAUCAAUACGCCCAAGCUCAACCACUCGACAAUACCUGUUAUCAAUAAUUUCGUCAAUCCAGAAGAUUGCGGCCAACCGGAAUCGGCUAAAUUCAGGGUAGUAGGUGGAGAAGAAGCCUUGUCUGGAAAGUGGCCCUGGAUGGCAGCCAUAUUUUUGCACGGUCCGAGAAGAAGCGAAUUUUGGUGCGGAGGUUCCUUAGUAACAGCUACUCAUGUCCUUACUGCAGCACAUUGCACUAGGGAUUCAAGACAACGGCCAUUUGCUGUGCGUCAAUUCAGCGUUCGCUUGGGAGACGUAGAUUUGAGGCGAGACGACGAACCGUCGAGUCCUGUAAAUUUCAACGUGACGGAAAUCAGGACGCACAAACAAUUUUCGAGAAUAGGUUUCUACAACGACAUCGCCAUCUUGAAACUAGACAAGCCAGCUCGUAAAUCGAAGUACGUUAUUCCCCUGUGCUUGCCGCCCCCGCAGCUGAGGAACGACAAAUUCGCCGGCAAGAAGGCGACUGUCGUGGGUUGGGGCACCACGUAUUACGGCGGUAAAGAAAGUACCGUUCAGAGACAGGCGGUAUUGCCCAUUUGGAGAAACGAAGAUUGCAACGAUGCAUAUUUCCAACCGAUCACGGCUAAUUUCAUUUGCGCCGGAUAUUCUCAAGGGGGCACUGACGCUUGCCAGGGGGAUUCCGGGGGGCCUCUCAUGGUAUAUUGGGACACACGGUGGAUACAAGUUGGAGUGGUGUCGUUUGGGAAUAAAUGCGGGGAGCCGGGAUAUCCGGGAGUUUACACGAGGGUGACGGAAUAUCUGGAUUGGAUUCACGAAAAUACGAAGUAG